CAGAGAGUCAGAGAGGAGUGUGAGCGAGCGGUGAACUGAUUUAUUGAUUUAUUGGAUUAUUGAUUCCUGGAACCUGCAGAGCCAAAGGACCUCGGUGGGUUUGCGAUGCCGAUCCUGGACGGAGAUCCGGGCCGAGCAGAGAGAGACGGCAGCAGGAAGGUGGAGCCUCUGUGCCGCUCUGCCAGCCCCACCAGGAGCUUCUUCCAUCGGCCCCAAUUCAGCCCCCGCCUGGCGCGGACCUCCAGUUCCAAGAUGAGUCCUGGCUCCCCCAAAACCAUCUUCCCCUACCAGAGUGGACCUGCCCAGCAGGAGUCCACACCCAAGACUCCACGCAGGCUCAGCUUCAGUGGGAUCUUCAGGUCGACCAGGGAUUCAAACCAGCAACCUUCGCCAUCCCCUGUCAGCAUCAAACUGUUCAACCGCAAGAGAGACAAGGCCAGAGCCUACAGCUUCACCUCCCCUCCUCCUCCCCCUCCUCCUCCUCGUCAGGAGGAGGUGAAUGUUUUCCGUCUGGAGACGUACCUGACGGAGCCGAGGCGUCCAGAGACCAGGAGGCUGCGCUCCUUCUCCUCCCCUCCAGACACCGGACAACUCUCCUCCUCCUCCACCUCCUCCACCUGCUUCCAGCUGCCUCCUCUGGCUCCGCCUCUUCCUGUCGGGAGGCUGGUGGAGGUUGCAGACGACAUGUCGGAGCAGCCGGACCCCGACGAUGCUGCAUCAGAGGAGUCAGAGAGAGACAUCUACAUGCGCUUCAUGAAGUGUCACAAGUGUUACGACAUCAUCCCCACCAGCUCCAAACUGGUGGUGUUUGACACCACACUGCAGGUGAAGAAAGCGUUCUUUGCUCUGGUGGCAAACGGAGUGAGAGCUGCUCCACUGUGGGAGAGCAAGAAACAGAGCUUUGUGGGAAUGUUGACGAUCACAGACUUCAUCAACAUCCUGACCAGAUACUAUAAAUCUCCCAUGGUUCAGAUCUACGAGCUGGAGGAACAUAAGAUCGAGACGUGGAGAGAACUGUACCUGCAGGAGACCUUCAAACCGCUGGUCCACAUCUCACCUGACGCCAGUAUAUUUGAGGCUGUGUACUCGCUGAUAAAGAAUAAGAUCCACCGUCUUCCCGUCAUCGACCCGGUCAGUGGGAACGCUCUCUACAUUCUGACCCACAAGAGGAUCCUCAAGUUCCUGCAGCUCUUUGUGUGUGAGAUGCCCAUGCCGGCCUUCAUGAAGCAGACUCUGGAGGAGCUCGCCGUGGGGACGUAUGCCAACAUCGCCUACAUCCACCCUGACACGCCGCUCAUCACCGCGCUGUCCGUCUUCACACACCGCCGCGUCUCCGCCCUGCCCGUCGUCGACCACAACGGUAAAGUGGUGGACAUCUACUCCAAGUUCGACGUGAUUAACCUGGCGGCAGAGAAGACCUACAACAACCUGGACGUGACGGUGACGCAGGCGCUCAGACACCGCUCGCAGUACUUCGAAGGCGUCAUGAAGUGCAACAAACUGGAGACGCUGGAGACCAUCGUGGACCGGAUCGUCAAGGCCGAGGUUCACAGGCUGGUUGUCGUUGACGAGGAGUCUCGUAUCGUCGGAAUCGUCUCCCUCUCUGACAUCCUGCAGGCGCUGGUCCUGACCCCCGCAGGUCUCGGGAGGAAGGAGUCUCUCCCAUCUCAUCUAACAGCUUUAGAUUCAACAGAACCAGAGACAGGAUGUAAACCUGAACAAGAUUUGGAGAAAGACCCGGACCGGGGACUGGAGCCUGGUGCAGACACAGAGACAGAGAGUAAAACUGAACUAGAUCAACAAGACCAGGACCAGGACCAGGAUGGAGGACUGGAGCCUCGUACAGAGACAGAAAGUAAGCCUGAAUCAGAUAAGGACCAGAACCAGGACCAGAACCAGGACCAGGAGCCGGGGACAGAGACAGAGACAGGCUGCGGGGACACUGAUACUGCUGAGACCUGCCAGCAGGGGGAGGCAGAGGGUGAGGUAGAGGGGGAGGUAGAGGGAGAGGGACACAGUGAGGUGAGACAGACAGAGAGUGAGACAGGUGGAGAAACAACAGAGAGACAGACAGAGGGGGAGACGGCAGUGACAACCUCUCAUGCUGCCAACAUGGGUCCUGCUCAGCUGAACAGAACCUCUGACCUCACAAAGCACCAGACUUCAGUCCAUUUCUCCGUCUUUCUAUUCAAAUCCAAACUUUGGACUCUGAACCGCAUCAGCGCAGUUGGACAUGUUGUUCUGUUCAUCCCUCACAUGCUGGGUCCAAUAGGGAGGCUGGUUCUGAAUGUGGAACGAGGUUUGGAGACAUCGACUGAUUCAUGA